CUAACCUAACCUAACCUUUAAAAGUUAACAAGACUGUCACUUUUCGUAUAUAUACGAAAAAUGAAAGAAAAUUAUUUAUAUUAUUGCAAUUCGGAAUUUUCUCGAAUAUGUGUGUAAACAUUAAAAAACCUUAUAUAAUGAUUUAUUGAAUUUGACAUAAAACUUGGGUUUGGAAUUUAUUUAAUAUUCAAAAAUGCAACGAGCAAAUCAAAAUGGACCAAUUAAUAUUAAUGCAAAUCAUCAAAGGCAACCGGUUCGAGAUAUUAGACCACAAGGUUUAAAUAAUUCCUCAAUGUCUGUUUCGGAUCAAUUGAAGGAGUCUUGGUUUACAGCUAUUUUUAGUUCCAUACUAUUUGCAAUUGGCAUGUGCCUUCUUUUUUGGAACGAGGGUAAAGCUGUGAAAGUAGCACAUUCUCUAGACGAGGCAUUAAGUAAUGUUGUCAUAUUCUCCAAUCCAGACGAUUUUGACAAUAGUUAUGAAGGUCGAUUAGUUUAUGUCUCAGGACCCGUAGAAGUGACUGAACCUUUAAGUGAACCAGACUAUGGAAUUAUUGUUGACAGUGUAAAAUUAAAAAGAAGAGUACAAAUGUUCCAAUGGGUCGAGAUCAAGGAAGAGAGCAAUUACGAUUCGUCCGCAGAUUAUUAUUACACGACUGAAUGGAAAGAUAAAUUAAUAGAUUCCGAUCGUUUUUAUAUUCGUUUUGGACAUGAAAAUCCAAGAGAAAUUGCAAUUAAAAGUCAAAUACAGAUUGCAGAUGAAGUUAGAAUUGGAUCUUUUGUUUUUGGUACGGACCUGAAGAAAAAGUUUAGUGAUUAUGUUGAAGUUACCAGUGACGAAAGACCUGAAAGAAGGGAUAUAAAGAUGCAUUCGGGAUUGUAUUAUCAUAGUGACGAUUUGUGGAAUCCAAAGGUUGGGGAUAUUCGAAUACAAUUUUCAUACGCAGGAAAAGCGGGAGAUAUUUAUUCGAUUGUUGGUUUACUUUCGAAUGGAAAAAUAGAACCGUAUGUCACUACUCAUGGAGAGGAGGUUUUGCUUCAACGAAAACAUGUGGUAACAAUAGAUCAAAUGUUUCAUCUCGAGCAUGUCAGUAAUUAUUGGAGAACUUGGAAAAUGAGAGGAUUCGGAUGGUUUUUUCUCUUCCUGGCGGCAACAUUUAUGGCAAAUAUUUUGAAAACAAUUGUUCUAAAUUCAAAUCUCCUGCACAGUUUGAUCGAUCUGGAAUCAUUGAAUUUAUCAGUGUCAAUGUCAAUAAGUUUAUUAGUGGUUGGAUUUGCUUGGGUUUGGUAUCGACCAAUUGUCGGUUUGUGUUUAGCUUUGGCUUCCAUUUUACCAUUUAUGUAUGCAACUUUCUUCAAAAAUCCUCCAAAUCCACAGAGAGAUGAAUACCGAAGACUUUAAAGUUCGUAUGUAUGCUUUUUUUCAAGUUUUCCGUACAUGACAAUUUUUCGAAUUCAAAUCUUUAAAUACAAAUUUUUUAUCAAUAAAUAAAGAAAAUCGGUUUCUUUACAAUUUUCUAUAUAUAUAUACAAUGAAACAAAAAUGUGCCAAAUCGACGCUGAAAGAAUUUGAUAAUCAUUAAAGAUUAUCGUUAGAUUAGAUUUGAAAAUUUUAUACCAUGUGCAUGUGGAGUGUUUAAUUUUAUUAUUUUUCUGUGAUAAUUUUCUUUCUACUUAAACAAAUUCAAAUAGUGAGAGU